AUGGCGGUCUUUUCUCCUCUUCCUCAUUUUCGACGUCGCGCCAUGUUCUCGACUUCGUCCACGAUGCUGAGCUCUUUGGCCGGUGUCGGAGAAAAUGGAGGACAUACAGGGGAACGGAGAGGACUUUUUGAGCACGACGAUGAUACUGCGGACUCGUUGGAGACGUUCCAUGAACGGGCAAAGCUUCGUCAGAGCAAGAAACAGUCCGAGAUGAAGGCACUACGAGUGCAGCUGGAGGCGGCACUGCAACAAGUGAAAGACCUAGAGAUUCAGCUUGGCGAGACCAGUAAGGCGAAGGAGGAGUUUGCUAUUCGCACAAAGGAGUGUCAACGCAUCAUCGAAAAACGCAACAAGCAAUUGAUGAAAGCAAGCGAAAAGAUGGCACGGCGCUCAGAGCAGUAUGAACUGCAGGUGGCUGGGCUGCAGAAAGAACUAACAGCAGCAACUGCGCAGUGUGACCAACUGCGAGUCGACGCUGCUACAGUGAAGGAGAGUGGCAAGAGAGAGUCGGAGGUGAGGGAGCAAGCGCUGCAAAAAGAGAUGGACAUGCAAAACAGGAAACACGAAAAGCUUCUGCGCACAGCAGAAGUACGAUAUCGCGAGCAAAAAGCUGAGAAUACGAUGCUUGCAACGAAACUGCAUGAAACAGAGCAACAGCUGGCGGCUGUAGCUGCCCAAAAGCCAACCGCGGUACAGGUGAUGGAAAGUGAAGAGUACCAAAGCCUGCUUAAGCGAUGCGAGGACACGGAGGCAAUUGGCCGUGGGCUCGGGUUUCAGCUAGAGAAAGAGACGCAGGAGAAGAAAUAUCUUCGAACGCAGUUGGCAGCAUUUCAGAAAACAAAAGGCGCCAAGCCUACGCUGGUAACGGCGACGUCAGUGGGAUUUGUGCCUGAUACAAUAUCGGCCGAGCCGGGUGACGAUGCUGGUUCGACAAACAAUGUCGCGCCUGUAGAUGCUGACGCAGAACUGACGAGUUUUGACUUCACAGCACGCAUCGGAUCUUCUCCUUCCAGCCCCGUGGUAACAGCAAAGACAACCUCCAUUGUAGUCGGUGCUUCUACCAGUCCGGUAUCUAGCCCCAGUCAUAGUCGUUCGCGAGGCCUUUCUGCGUCGAGCUUCAUCGACGAAACUACUAAACCAGCAAUACGGGAAGGCAAACGCCGGGCCGCUUCCGCGCAAAUGAUGACUUUGUCCGACCCGCCAGAUAGACCGGCAGAAGACAAAGCUACUGCGGGCAACAGCAAGUCGAUUGCUCCAUCCGUGACUUUUUUUGGGAAGCUUUCAUCUCGAUUCAAGCGAGGAUCUUCUCCACAAAACGGUCCGAAUAAUUCUAACGGUGAGUGCGAUGUCACGGAUGGAGCGAUAACAGGUGAGGCCGAGAUGGCGUCGCCACUUUUUCCACGCCGAAGUUGUAGCCAGAACAAGGUGUUGAAGGAGCGCCCUCGAAUGUACGUAGCCAAGGCUCCAUCCCACCACGAAGAUGAGUCAAGUGAUAGCAUAUUUGGCAGUGAGUCAUCUCUGAGUGACUCGUCGGACGACGAUAUGCCGCCGCUACCACCGCCUCCACCAACCUCCGAGCACAAAGCUCCGCCGUCGUUGACCACCCCGAUCCAUGUAGAUAUUCCGCCGCAACCGGUCGUAUCGGACACAAGUGCCGACGCAUGUUCAAGUAGCUCAAGCGAUGACAGCUUUGAAGAGCAGGAGUGUCGCAAAGCUGCCGAUAGCUCACCCCAAAGAGCCACUCAACCGCCGGGUCCGCUGGAGACGCAGGGGCCGAUGAGAAAUCCGGGUGCGGUGCAGGUGCCUAGUGGCAUCCCGUUGCCAUCUUCAUCUUCCUCUUCCCCUUCAGACGACGAGUCCGACGAACGUGAUGUCGAGCGGAGUCAGUCUUUUCAGGUGGACUUCAAGCAGGCCAGAAGCUUGUCGGCAUCGUCAUCAUCGUUGUCUUCUAGCUUGGGUGACGAUGAUGAUCACGUCGUCGAGAAGGGCAAACUGAACGCUCGCCGAGAAGCUCGGACAGACAGUCUUGAAGUCCAAGACCACCACAGCAGGCGCUCAUCACGUUCGCCGAGUGUGUCAAAAUCUCGAGACAAGAGUCGCAGCAUGAGUGGACUUGACAAUGCACACGGCACAAGUAAAAGUCGCAUGAAUGAGUACAUGGAGGCCCGUGCGAGAAAGCGCAACGACAAAAUCAAACGCACGCGCGAAAAAGAGCAUGAAGAAUCGAGAAAGAAAGAAGAGUAUGAGAAGGAAUGGGAAAAGAUGGCACAAGAAGAACGCGAGCGCAAGCGCAAACAGCAGCAGACGCGGCGCAAUGGAAGACGACGGCCGGUCAGUAUGAAAACGGUGCGGGUGUCGCAGAUGCGGCAGCAGAUGAACAACAAACAGCACCAGAAGGAGCCUUCGAUGCCUUCGAUGCCUCCGCCACCUCAUUUGGGCACCCCACUGCGGUUCCACGGCGAAGAUAGUGUGGACGUGGACGGCCGUCAACCUCAGCGCAAGAGUGAGAGCAAGACUUCAGAGAGCGAAGCAGAGGAAGAGCGCACAUCCGUGUUUUGCUCUCCAGCUACAGACUCGCCUCCGCUACCACCUGAGCCCACCGUUGCUGACACGGAGUUGUAUCUUCGUCAGCAAGCACGGUUGCGCGAGCGUCACGAAUUGGAGAUGAAGAAAAAGAUGGAGGCGACUGAAGCUGAUGCUGUCCGAGGCGACAUACAUCGGCGUGUAGAGAUGUGGGCGUUUGGAAAGGAACUCUUGCACAUGAUUCUCACGUUAGACCAAGUGUCUUUGAACUCUGCGCUGCAGAAGUGCCAACUGAUGGUGGUACAGUCUCCCGACGACGACACCGUGCGCAAGGCCUAUCGGAACAUCAUUAGGGUCAUUCACCCGGACAAGCUGCGUGGUGCCACGAUUCCUGAGCAACUGGAGGCCAAGGAGCUCUUUACUGUGCUCAACCAAGCUUUCGAACACUUCAAGAAUCAGUCGCGCUGA